AUGAAAGGUGUCAAGGUUGAUGAGGAGGACAGCAUUAGUUCUCCCGCUCCCAUUUGCAUGAAGGAUUUUGGUAUCAAAGGAUUUACGCAAAAAAAAUUGGUCAUGGAAGGAAACACUUUAUGGGUGAGUCAUUGCGUUGAAAAUGUUGCAAGUGACACAGCAGAGUUGGAUUCAUUUUCAGAGCUUAACGAUGAGAGCAAGAAAGAAGUUGCUUCAAUUUCUGUGGAUUUGGUUUUACCUGAUGAUCUGUUGGAGCGGAUAUUAGCCUAUCUCCCGAUCGCUAGCAUUCUCAGGGCAGGCUGUGUGUGUAAGAGAUGGCAUGAGAUAGUGACUUCGGAAAGUUUCUUGUGGAAUUUCAACAGCAUCCUGUCACAAAAGCCUUGGUACUUCAUGUUCACAAGCUCAGAUGAACCAGUCGGUUAUGCAUACGAUCCCAUCCUCCGAAAGUGGUACGGCAUUGACCUCCCUUGCAUUGAGACAUCCAAUUGGUUCAUUGCUUCAUCGUGUGGAUUAGUUUGCUUCAUGGAUAAUGAUAGCAGGAGUGAACUAUAUGUUUGCAACUUAAUUACAAAACGCUGCAAGGUUCUUGAUGGUCCUCCGGGUCCGAAAAUCUCUGAUUACAGUGCGUUGGCAAUCUCAGUCGAUAGGGUGUCGCACAAUUACACCAUCUCAGUCGUUAAAUCUAAGCAAGUUCCAGGAAACUUCUUUCAGUGGGAUCUCUCCAUCCUUCUCUAUGACUCGGAAACAAUGACAUGGGUGACCUCUUUGACAGAGGAUUUAAUGGGAUGGAGAGCCGGUGACGAGAGUGUGAUAUGCAAUGGGGUUCUGUACUUUCUUAUUUACUCGACUGGGGGUGGUGGUUCUGAGAAUCGCCAUGGCCUUAUCAUGUAUAACCUCGCAAGCCGAUCGCCCCAUGGUAUAUUGAUGAGGAGUUUCGUCCCGGUGCCGUGUUCUCUUACUUGUGGCCGUCUGAUGAACCUCAAAGAAAAGCUUAUAAUGGUUGGAGGAAUUGGGAAACAGGAUCGACCCGACAUCAUUAAGGGGAUCGGGAUUUGGAGUCUGAAUGGAAGGGAGUGGCUAGAAAUAGCACGAAUGCCGCACAAAUGUUUCCAGGGUUUUGGGGAGUUUGAUGAUGUCUUUGCCAGCAGCGGUACAGAUGACCUCAUAUACAUCCAGAGUUAUGGAGCACCUGCUCUUCUUGUUUAUGAUGUUAACCAGAAGCAAUGGAAGUGGUCGCAGAAAUGCCCCGUGACAAAAAGGUUUCCUCUUCAGCUUUUUACUGGUUUUUGCUUUGAACCAAGGCUGGAAAUAUCUCCGUAG